AUGGUCUUCUCACGAUCUGGGCGAUCAAUAUUUCCGCUGCUACCGCCAUAUGGCACUCAUGACCCCAGCAACGGCCGCAUCAUUCCCUUGCAUCCCGAUGGUCUCACGCCCUAUCUCGGCUUACGGGCUCGACUGUCACAGGUAUGGAUUAAUCGCUGGACGAUCUUGCUGCUACUUGUGCUUGUACGCGUCUUGCUAGCCAUUGGAAACAUACGAAAUGAUAUGGCUUCGGCCAAGCGCGAGGCACUGUCGGCCUGCACAUCGGUUGAAUCCAUGGGAAGCGCCAUGGCAUCAAUGCCGCAUUACCUUGCUGAUGGUACUAACGAUCUGGUAGCCUCUGGGAUCGAGGAUGCUGUCAAAGCCUUGAAGUCCAUGAUCACGCUGACCAUCACGGGCGUUGAGGAAAUCGUUAUCUUCAUCUUAAAAAUAAUGUACCAGACCUACCUCUGUCUGAUCACCCUGGCGGUUCAAAGCACUGUUUCGGUGGGGGUUGGCCUCAUUGAAGAUGUUGCAGAUGCUGUGAAUACCACCCUCCACACCAUCAGCUCAGACAUCCAGAGCACCGUCACUACUUUUGAGAGCGGAUUGGACGAUGUUAUCAAACUUGUCAAUAGCGCCACAAGCCUCCUCGGCGCUAGCAUCCCAACAUUGAAUCUCAACAGUUCCAUUUCCGCCCUCGACGACUGGUCGAUCUCAUCAUCGUUCGACAAGAAGCUAGAUGAGCUGAACAGCACUAUUCCGAGUUUUACCACGGUGGAGAACUAUACUGAGAAUCUAAUCAGACUCCCAUUCGAAGAAGUCAAGAAACUGAUCAACGAAUCUCUCGGGACUUACACCUUUGACCGCUCUGCCCUUUCAGUCCCAGCCAAGAAACAGUUGACCUUUUGCAAUGACAAUGAUGGGAUCAACAGCUUCUUCGAUGGAGUGACCGAGGUCGCAAUCACCGCGCGGAAGAUUUUCAUCAUCGUUAUUCUCAUCGCAGCGGUUCUUGCUUGCGUGCCCAUGGCCUGGCAAGAGAUCCGCCGCUGGCGACAGAUGAAGGAACGCUCCCAACUCGUCCGAAAAGAGGCCCAUGACCCCAUGGACGUAGUCUACAUUGUCUCGCGCCCAUAUACCGCAGCCGCCGGAAUCAAAGCAGCAAGUCGUUUCAGCAACAGUCGUCGACAGAUUCUUGUCCGCUGGGCAAUCGCAUACGCAACCUCGGUACCAGCACUUUUCAUCCUCGCCAUCGCCAUCGCCGCUCUACUCUCAUGUCUCUUCCAAUACAUCAUCCUCCGAAUGAUUUCCAAGACCGUCCCAGAGCUCAGUUCUGAAGUUGGUGCCUUCGCUGACAAAGUCGUCGAUGCGCUCCAAAAUGCAUCGGCGGAAUGGUCGAACAGCGCUAACAGUGCCAUCACCAGCUUCGACAACGAACUGAACACCAAUGUCUUUGGCUGGGUCAACACGAGCACUUCCGCAAUCAACAACACGCUGAACGCUUUCGUCGAUAAAACACAAAGUGUGCUCAACGAAACUUUUGGAGGGACCCUCCUUUACGAGCCUGUGGAAGGUGUCUUUGAGUGUCUUAUAGGAUUGAAGAUUAUGGGUGUCCAAAAGGGCCUCACCUGGGUCUCUGACCACGCCCACAUUGACUUCCCCCUUCUACCAAACAACACUUUCUCUAAGGGCGCCGCAGCGAGCAUUAACGAUACCUCAAAUCCAUCAGACAGCUUCCUCGCCGAUGCGGGCGACGAAACUUCCAACAAAAUCACAGAAGUCGUCCAGGCCGUAAUCAAAAAGCUCGAGGAAGCCCUGCGCCAAGAGACUAUCAUCGCCACCGUCAUCCUCUUACUCUGGGUCUUCAUCGCUCUGAUUGGAUUCUCGCGCGCUCUGAUUCUCUGUUGGGGCCGCGAUAGAAACCGCGGCGAGGGCGGUGGUCAUGCUAUGGACCCCGUUACAAACCAUUCUGGUCCUGGUCCUGGUCCUGACCCAGGAUUUGAUGACGUCCCUCUGACUGCCAUCCCGAAAAAUACUCUCGGGUCUGUGCAUGCUGUACCUCAAUACGAACCUGCCGUGAACAUUCCUACUGUUCGGACUGAGACUGUAUACCCUGAUGAGAAAGUCGGGUUUGCAGGGCAAAGGGAUUAUGACGCAGCGUUGCAGAUUGAUGCAGCGCCUGCUUUGAGAAGGAGCAACUAUGUUGAGUACAAUGAUGCGAAGGGGUGA